CCCGAGCAAAACUUCCAACUCUGAGUGCUGCCUGAUGCUUUUCUCACUCCUCAGUGGCCAAGAAGAGAAAACAACAAAAAACGGAUGUGCUUGUAAAGUUUACAGUAAAUUCUCCCUGCCUCUCUCCCUGCUUCUUUCUUUCAACAGAGAAGAAGCCAAACCCCAACGCAGCCCAAUGCUAAGAAGCCUGCAGGUUGUUGCAGCAACUUUGUUAUCUGCUACCCUUGUAAGAACCAGGAACUAUUCCAAGUGGGAGAAAGUCUGUGCCGUAAAAUAGGGACAUAUAUUUCUUUUUUACUGAGAAAGGAAGGUAUCUGAAGGCACUCCUAAGCAAACUGGGCUGAAGGGAUCCAUUCUGGAGUUUAUCAUUUUGGAUUACACUGAACACUCGCCCUUCUUUCCACCAUGAUAUGGUGCUGCGGGUCACGUCCUGGAUCAUUCCUUGCAAUCACAGUGUUGCUUCUAUUCAGACAGGUCAAAGGAAACUUUGAGCAAACCAAAACUAAAUGGCUUAAGUAUAAAGACACAUGUUUGAAGAAGCUGAAUGAAUCUACAAUCAGCAUGGGAAUAUAUUGUAAUGGAAGUUUUGAUCAGUUUGUUUGCUGGCCUCAUUCACCACCAGGAAAUGUCUCCGUUGCUUGUCCAUCUUAUUUACCGUGGCUAAAAAGUGGAAGUGCAAGGAAAGUAUACAGAGUCUGCUUGGACCAAGGGAUUUGGCAAAAGAUUGAAAACACAACAGAGGUUUGGAGUCACCGUGCAGAAUGCUUUGGGGAGAAACACCUCAAACGAAAAGAAGAAGAACUUACCUUGUUUAUUGCGUUACAGAAACUUUCUACAGUGGGAUAUUCUUUUUCUCUUGUUUUCCUUGUCUUAGCACUAUUCAUACUGCUGUUAUUUAGGAAAUUGCAUUGCACGAGAAACUACAUCCAUAUGAAUCUCUUUGCUUCAUUUAUCCUACGAGCUGCAGGAGUUCUAAUAAAAGACGGCAUAACACUCAAUGCUUACAGAUUUCUUUCUUCAGAGUCAGAAAAGCCAGAUGAUGAAAGUGGAUGGAUUUCUUCCGUGAGUCCAGAGAAGCUAGUCUUAUGCAGGAUAGCUCCUCUUUUCAUGCACUACGCUGUUGGAGCAAAUUUUUACUGGGUUUUAGUGGAAGGAAUUUACCUCUAUAGGUUAUUAGUAGCUACUGUGCUGUUUGAGAGACACCAGCUGCUGAGAUACAUCUUCAUUGGAUGGGGUUUUCCAGUUUUGUUUGUAGCUUCUUGGGGAAUAAUAAAAUACCAAUUUGAGUAUGAAGGAUGCUGGACAACAAAUGAGAGCAUGACAGUCUGGUGGAUCAUUCGAGGGCCCAUAUUAUUUUCCAUUGUUGUUAAUUUCUGCAUCUUCCUGAACAUUUUGAAACUGUUACUUUCCAAAUUGAAAGCCCAGCAAAUGACCUUUCGUGACUACAAAUUCAGAUUGGCAAGGUCAACCCUUGUAUUAAUACCUUUACUUGGAAUUCAUGAGAUUGUUUUCACUUUCAUCAUGGAUGACCAUAUUGAAGGAUUCCCCAGGAAUAUCAAAACCUUCAUCCAUCUGACCAUCGGCUCUUUCCAUGGUUUUUUCGUAGCACUUUUAUGUUGCUUUUCUAAUGAUGAGGUAAAGGCUGAAUUAAGCAAGCAGUGGUCCCGUUUCUUGCUAGCAUACCCCUUUGUCUAUAUGCCCUGUUUGCUUGGAAAGAACAUCAAAUACCUAAGGAAAUGUCCCAACAAACAGCAUUUGAGCAAUAACAGUUUCUCCCUCGAGGUAACCCAACCUCCGAAGAAGCAAUCAGCCAAGCUGAGAACAUGCUGUAAUGUGGAACGAAGCCCCACAGUAAAGCACAAUCUCAGAGCAAGCGUUUCCGACAGCAGCGAAGAAGAAAUUGCCAACGGGGAGACCAUUGAAGAGGUCCUGGAAGAAAAUGAGAUUUAGAACUUUGAGUGAAAAAUGGAUUUGCUGGGAUCUUAGAUAAUCUUUUGCAUGGAAGCAACUGAAAUUAAAGAUCCUAUUGAAAGGACAAGAUGAAAA